AUGCUUCUUAAUAUUGUGAAAGGGGCCACGUGUUUCAAGGACAUCAGAACUGUGGGUGGAAUCAUCUACCCCACAUACAAGGCGGCAUGCAAUGCCCUCGGACUCCUCGAUGGAGAUAAUGAAUGGCAUGAAGGACUCUUCCAAGCAGCCACAUGGAGUACUGGUGCACAGUUACGCGACCUUUUUGUGACAAUCCUACUUUUUUGUGAAGUCUCGGAACCAAAAGAUUUAUGGGACAGGCAUUGGAAAGACUUAUCAGAUGAUAUCCUCUUCCGACAACGUCAAAGGCUGGGUAUUCCAAACCUAAGUUUAACUGAAGAGCAAAUUCAAAACUAUGCACUGUUUGAAAUAGAACAAAUCUUAAACAGGGAAAACAAAACCCUCACCGACUACCACGGAAUUCCAUUACCAGAUGCGGCCUUAAUGCAAGAUGCUGGAAACAGAUUGUUGUUGGAAGAGCUAACAUAUGCCACUGAAUCAAUGACUCAAGAUUCAGCUGAUCUGGAGCAAGGCUUGAAUGAUGAGCAAAAACAAGUGUAUGAUAGCAUCCUUGAAGCUGUCUACGAUAACAGAGGUCAAAUCUUCUUUGUCUAUGGUAGCGGUGGCACCGGCAAGACUUAUUUAUGGAGAGCCUUAAUGUCAAAGCUACGCUCUCAAAACAACAUAGUACUUGCAGUGGCAUCAUCUGGCAUAGCAGCACUUCUAUUAGUGGGUGGGAGGACAGCUCAUUCCCGGUUCAAGAUACCCAUUGAUCUCAACAACGACUCGUGCUGCAACAUUGAGCAAGGAUCUGAUCUCGCAGAACUCAUACGGCAAACAAAACUAAUAAUAUGGGAUGAGGCCCCGAUGGUACAUAGGCAUGCAUUCGAAGCAUUAGACCGUACAAUUCGAGAUAUAAUGCAACUAUAUGACCCAUCAGCAAAGGAUAAAAUAUUUGGAGGCAAAACACUCGUCUUAGGAGGCGAUUUCCGUCAAACACUACCGGUCGUCCAAAAUGGAGGCAGAGAAGAAAUAGUUGAUGCAUCGAUUAGCAAAUCGACAACCAUAUGGCCACAAUGUACUGUCUACACCUUGAGGACCAACAUGCGGCUCAAACAGAGAAACAAUAACGAGGAUAAUAGAGAUCUUGCAGACUUCUGCAAAUGGGUGCUGGAUGUAGGAGAUGGAAAGAUAAAGGCAACCUCAAAGGAAGAUGAGGAGGAACCUAUGUGGAUAGAAAUACCCGAAGAUCUAUUGAUAAAGAGUGAUGAAGAUCCCAUAGUUGCAUUAGUGCAUGAAGUUUACCCUGGAAUAUUGGAAAAUCACAUGGACCCAAAGUACCUCCAACAAAGGGCUAUACUAGCUCCUAAAAAUGAAACGGUGGACACCAUAAACAAACACAUUCAAGCACUGAUUCCAGGAGAGGAGAUGGUGUACAAGAGCGCAGAUAGAGUGUGUCGAACAGUCAUAAGAGGAAGAAAUCUCGAAGCAUUGUACCCAACCGAGUUUCUUAAUAGCCUUAAGUUCCCGGGGGUACCAAAUCAUGAGAUACACAUAAAGGUGGGAUGCCCUAUUAUGUUGUUGAGAAACAUCAACCAAAGAGAUGGGUUGUGUAAUGGCACACGCCUUAUUGCCACAAGAUUACAACAAAGAGUCAUAGAAGCACGCGUCAUUACAGGUACAAAGGCAGGGGAGCUGGUAACUAUACCAAGGGUGGAAAUGUCACUAUCUGAUCAGAAGUUGCCAUUUACCCUAAAGAGGCGUCAAUUUCCAAUAAAAGUGUGCUUCGCAAUGACAAUCAACAAGAGCCAAGGGCAAACAUUUGAUCAAGUGGGUCUGUACUUGCCAGAACCAGUAUUCACGCACGGGCAGCUAUAUGUAGCCGUCUCAAGAGUCACUGCACGUAAAGGAUUGAAAAUAUGCAUCCCAAGGACAGAUGCUGAAGAUCAGCAUAUUGCAAUGACAAAAAAUGUAGUCUAUAAAGAAAUAUUUAGAGAUGUAUAA